ACAGUUGGUGACCAUCCGUCGGCCGGCUCAGAAGGAAGCACCGGAGGCGAGAAUUCCAGUGCAGCAGCUGAAGCUGAGCUAGAGAGUGCGACUUGGACGUCUCGAGUAUGCCGCCGGACGGCGAGAGAAUCGUUUGCUAUCGCACGUAGAACGCGAGAGUUACCUGGACAAAAUGACAGAAAUACGCAGUCGUCGUUUCACAUCUCUUUUCAGACUGCUGCCUCGAAGGUUGCGGGACAGCGAGACGAAAAUUAUAGAAAUGACAGCAAGAGAAACAUCUGAAAAUGGCGGAACGGAUAGCGGAGGCGGCGGAGAGUCAACCGCCGGUAACACACCAAACCAUCACUGCAACGACACCUCCGAAGAAGCGGAAGCCGACACGCUGUUGUUGAAAAACAGCACGAGCAAUAGCAACAAUCUCGCUACAACCGCCGGUGGCGGAAACAAAGACGGUAAAGACGCGAAGGAGAAAAGCGGAAAAGAAAAAAAUGGCCGACCCGUCAGCAAGGAAGUCGUCGUCAUCGCACUCACGCCCGACCGACAGAGGGAAACAUGGGACAAAAAGGUUGAGUUUUUGCUGGCUGUCAUCGGAUUUGCGGUUGAUUUGGGCAACGUGUGGCGGUUUCCAUACAUCUGCUACCAAAAUGGCGGAGGUGCCUUUCUAAUUCCAUACGUGAUCAUGCUGAUAUUCGGCGGAUUGCCGUUGUUUUACAUGGAAUUAGCGCUAGGUCAGUUUCACAGGAGCGGGUGUCUCACGAUAUGGAAGCGGAUUUGUCCUGCGUUGAAGGGUAUUGGAUACGCCAUUUGUCUGAUUGAUCUGUACAUGGGAAUGUACUACAAUACUAUCAUCGGCUGGGCAGUGUAUUAUCUGGUGGCCAGCUUCAAGACGACGCUGCCGUGGACGUCCUGCAACAACCCGUGGAACACGCCCAACUGCCGACCUGUUGCCGACCUCCAGCACCGUCUCAACCCCUUCCCGAACGCAACAAGUCCUGCGAGGGAGUUUUUUGAGCGGGAAGUUCUUCAGCAACACCUGUCUAAUGGUCUGAAUGACAUGGGGCCUAUCAAACCAACCCUCGCUAUAUGCGUCUUCUUGGUUUUCGUCCUUGUUUACUUCUCUUUGUGGAAAGGUGUUAAAAGUACAGGAAAAGUUGUUUGGGUAACUGCCCUUGCACCCUACGUGGUCCUGAUUACUCUACUGUUCCGCGGCAUCACGCUCCCUGGUGCCGGUCAAGGUAUUCUCUACUAUCUCACCCCACAAUGGGAGAAACUGAAAAACUCACGAGUUUGGAUCGACGCCGCCUCCCAAAUCUUUUUCUCUCUGGGACCUGGUUUUGGUACCUUGCUAGCUUUGUCGAGUUAUAACAAAUUCAACAACAAUUGCUAUCGAGAUGCUCUACUAACCAGCAGUAUCAAUUGCCUGACGAGUUUCUUAGCUGGUUUUGUAAUUUUUUCGGUUUUGGGAUACAUGGCAGAGGUGCAAAACAAAAAUAUUGAAGAUGUUGGACUUGAAGGUCCGGGUUUAGUGUUUAUAGUUUACCCGGAAGCUAUAGCCACCAUGACAGGUUCAGUCUUCUGGUCAAUCAUCUUCUUUUUGAUGUUGAUCACCCUCGGAUUGGAUAGUACUUUUGGUGGUUUGGAAGCAAUGAUAACGGCUCUAUGCGAUGAGUAUCCGCGACUCCUAGGAAGACAUCGUGAACUUUUUGUUGGUUUACUGCUUGUUUUCAUCUACAUAUGCGGACUACCUACUACAACCUACGGAGGAGUGUAUCUUGUUAAUCUUUUGAACGUUUACGGCCCGGCGUUGGCGAUUCUCUUUGUCGUCUUCGUGGAGGCGGCUGGUGUGUGUUGGAUCUAUGGCACUGACCAAUUCUCUCGUGACAUCGAGCAAAUGAUCGGCCACAAACCGGGACUUUUCUGGAGGUUAUGUUGGAAAUACAUUUCACCUGUAUUCCUAUUAGUUAUCUUUAUAUUUUGCCUCCUGGGUCACGAAGAAAUGCUCGGCACCGAAUACAAUUACCCCGAUUGGAGCAUCAACGUCGGCUGGGCGUUGACAGCGUCGUCGACGCUGUGCAUCCCGGUGUACAUCGUGUACAAGUUCCUCAUCACACCUGGUGAUUGCGCGCAGCGCUGGAAACGCAUAUGGCGGCCGGAGCGCGUCUCCGACGGCGGGGCAACGCUCGCCUACGCCGAGGGCGCCGAGGUGUGACCCGACACGUCCAUCAAAAGUUCCAAGUUUUACACGAUCGAAUGGUUAGUCUAGGUUUAUCAUUCGUACACUCAUCAUAGCUUUGCUUCGAGAUGUUGCUCAUUUAAUUUAUACGCUUUUAUAUAACAAAUCAAUUGCAUUUAAAUGUUUAAAUAAUAAGUAACUGGAUAAAUAUUGAGGUUGUAUUUUAUUUUCUUUGGGUUCACAAUGAACUUACAGCCAAAAUUGAUUGUGACCUGAAACAAAAAGAGUGUAAUGUCAGCCAUUGUUGCACUUUUUAUCGAGCAAGGUACUAAAUUAUUUAUUUUUUAUCCUUCGUCUGUAGAAAGACUACUAGCUGUUCAUUGACAAUAUUUGUCAAAUAUUCUCGCAAAAAUAUUUGAAAAAAAAUUGAAAAAUUUAUGAUUAACUUAACUCUUUACCUAUAAAUAAAUUAAAUUGUUGUAUUAUACACAUAGACGUUUCGAUGUUAUAAAAUAUAAAUAGUUUAUGAUGAAUGUCUUUAAGUUAGAGUUUUGUAUUAGAAACGCGUUCGAAUUAUUUGAUAUUGAAAGCAAAAAGAAUAAAAUGCUGAAAAUGUCAAAUCCAAGUAUUAGAGUAAUAACAUACAGAAAUCAUUAUGAUCAUCUUAUAAAUAUUAUGAUAUGGCUUUGAAAUAAUGCUUUAAUAUUUAGACAAACAAAAAACAACCAAAAUGUUACCUACUAAAAUUAUAUUGUAAAGUGUUUAAAGUUAAAACAGAAAAAAUCUAAAAUUCGUGAAAAAUUUAAUCAAUGACAUAAAUUGUUGUUAAAAAUUGUAUAUUGAAAACAAUUUGUUGGAUUUGUAAUGUUUUCAAUGCAAACACAAUUUGUGUCAUUGAAUAAUUUGAUGAAAUGUAAAAUUAUGCGGUGUUAUACAACCAAAAUUCAUAAACACAGCUUGACUCUGUAGUUUUGGUUGCCUACUAUCGCAUUGUUUCAAAUUGAACGAAAUAUUUGUAACAAUGAAUAAAACUAUAGUUUUUAAGUGUAAAUCAUUAAACUUUUGAUAAUAACUGAACAAGACAAAUAAUCAAGUAAACAAUAACUUUUUAAAUAAAUAACUAUCAAGAAUGGGAACAAAAUAUGCAAGGGUCCAUAUUUUUUGUUCUCGUUCUCUUUGAAAAUUAAGUUUUAAAAAGAUUUUUGUGUAAUGUACAGCCAUUCAUUGCACAAAAAUGUAUAAACAAAGUAAACAAAGUAAAAAAUUGAUUUCGGAUUAAAUUUUUGAAAUAUUUCAUGGCCUACAUUCGAUUUUGAUGAAAUACCAACACAUAACUUAUCGAAGUGUUGUAGAAACAGAAUAUAAAGAUAUUAUAAAGCGUAAAAUGAAAUUUUAGCACGUGUAAUAAACUAGUAAUCGAUGUGUGAUGUGAUAUAUACAAGUAUUAUAUGCCUACACUGAAAUAGAUUAACAAAGAGCUACAAAAAGAAUUUACUCCAUUAUACUGCUGGACAAAAUAUUCUAUUGUUACACACACGAAACGAAAGUUUGCGUUUGAUUAAUUUAGCAAAUGUAUUUUGUGUUUGAUUCGCAAAAAGAGUGCUCUGGAUGAAUGCAUGUGGAUGAGAAGAGGGUGAAAUGAUAAAAGAUGAAAACGAAGCGAUUGCUACGUCGAGCGGAAAGUCCAGCCAAGUUUCCGCUCGGCCGCCAUCGCGCAAUCAAGUGAACAAUCAAAAUCGAGACCGGGAUGAGGAAUGAGAAUGGAAAUUGAAAAUCUCUAUCCUCUUUGAUAGUUACACAGACGUAUUAUGUUAUUAAUUCAAUUGGACCAUAAAAUAAUUUAUUUAUGACUAAUUUAAGUUGUUAGAAAUACAAAUAAUCAUGUAAAUGCAAGAUGUAUAUGUAUAUGAAUGCUUAAUUGUUGAUAUUCAUUUAAAUAAAUUCAUAUUUGAUUUUUUAUAAAAA